AAAACACUCAAUACGUUCAUUUACUCCACAGUAUCAAUUACGCCGGACCAUCUCCGCGCCUUUUGCGCUUUACCAUUGUAUCACCUGUCAGGCGAUGUCUCCAAUUCUAUGCUGUGGUCUUUGGCGCCGAAACCAUGACGGGAACGGUGCUCAGCAGGACAAGGACCCAACAGGUUCUGGCGUGGGGCUCUCAACUGUCAAAGGACAAGUCCCGCCUCAAACCGCACUCUUGAUUGCUCCCGAAGCCCCUGCAGAAAACCCUCCGGUGUCCUCCAACCAUGCCGACACCUCUGGCGUUUCACCCGCCCAAGUGCCGCCGCAACGUCAAGAGGAAGAAACAGUCUGCGACGACCAGAAACCACCGAAGCCACAUGCGAAUGAUUACGACCUGUGGAACGAAGCUUUAGAAUCGCUGGAAGAGUCGGAUAGGUUGAAGGUGGGGACGUUCGCUGGUGAAUCGGACUCUGCGCAGAGACAGGAUUCGGUGGCGAAUAUCCAGCAGAAAAUCGCCGAAGCCUUAAAGGUCCCGCAGCACGACAGCACGGCACGCCGUAUCAUCGACAAUUCCGUGUCCGUCUUGAGUAAAUUUGCGUCUGUUGGCGAUGUUGCUGUCAGCAUUGAUCCGCUUCAUGCUGCUCCACCAUGGGCCGUUAUCCGGUCUCUCAUUACGAUUUUGAUCGCACACAAAGAGCUAUGGGAUCAACUCGUCACUGGAUUUGCCAUGGUUGCGUCGAUCCUCGUACAAUGCGACACGUACCAGCAACUAUAUAUGGCUCCAGAGCUCGCCCUCCGCCCUCAACAUGGCCCUUUGAACAGACUGAAGGAAUCCAUCGUCCAAGCUUAUACUAAAGCUCAGUUGUUUCUUAGCUUUGCUAUAAAAUGCAAGGAGAGCAAGACCAAAGGAGCAACUGCUGUAUUCAAGCUUGAACCCAUGAAGCACUGCGUAGAUGGGCUUUUGGAAGGCGAAGACCAGCUAUUGCGAGCUGGAGAUGACUGUGGAAGAUACUGCGAGCUUUCCAGUCGAGCUAACAUUGAAGAACUGCUCAAGCUAGCGGCAGAGUUUCAUGGUUUUAUCCAGGACCAGGUUGCAUCGAUUCUCACACGAAUGGGCGAGAAAGACCACAUCGAAAUUCUCGAAUGGAUCUCACGCGCGCCAUAUGGAAAGCAUCAUGAGACGGUCAAGUCCGCUCGAACCGAUGGCACAGGUGAAUGGUUGCUUAGCCACAUGAAAUUCCGUGAAUGGGAGUCUAAGGAUUCAUCGGCAAUUCUGUGGCUUCAGGGCUCUGCUGGUACCGGCAAGACCUUCCUCAGCUCUCGAGUUAUUGGCCGCAUUGAAGAUUUGGCACACGAUCAAGAAGGCGUUGCAUACUUCUACUGCAACCGCAAUGAAGAAGAGCGUCGGCAGCCACUUUCAAUCUUCCAAAGCUAUGUUCGUCAAUUGGCAGCUCCCCAGAGGAGACCGGCACACAUGCGGACACAACUCAAGAAACUCUGCCUUGAAACGAGACAAAAGGGAUCGGUUCUGAACUUCGGCUCAUGCGAAGAUGAGUUGCUAGAAUCGAUCAACGGCUACUCCAAGACUACCCUCAUACUCGAUGCCCUGGACGAAUGCGAGCAGGAAUCGCGCUGGGAUCUCGUCAGCGCGAUGGAACGCCUAAUGUCGAGGGCCAAAAAACCACUCAAGAUCUUCAUCGCGAGUCGGCCUGACGCCGAAACGCGAGACCUCUUCACUUCUCAGCCAAACAUCGAAAUCCAAGCCAGAGACAAUCAGGUCGAUAUCGAGAAAUUCGUGAUUGAGGAAAUCAAUAAAGGUGGACGACAGCGUCGGAUAUCCCCACGACUCCGGGAGAAGAUCGUCAAUGUCAUCCUCGAAAGCAGCCAUGGAAUGUUCCAGUGGGCAUCAUUGCAGAUCAACCAGGUGCUCAAACUGCGGACUGAAGCAGAUAUCGAAAGCCGGCUUGGGAAACUCCCAGUUGGACUCAAGACGACGUACGAUGAGAUUUACGCUCGAAAUGCGGAACACCAGCAUGCAAAGAUAUUUCUUGAUCGCGCUUGCAUGUGGGUGAUGAGCGCCUGCACACCGCUUAGCAGUUCUGAGCUUCUGUCCGCGAUCCAAGUCGAUCCCCGCCUCGAUACUAUCGACUUACCUGCCGAUUUCACCGAAUCCGAGCUCUUGGAUGUGUGCGAGAAUCUGCUUGUCCUCGACUCCCAGAGACUGGUCUGGAGGUUCUCACAUCUCUCCGUUCGGGAAUAUUUUGAAGGAAACCACUUCGACUUUUGGCAGGCUCAUUGUAACGCUGCUAAAGUGUGUCUUAAGCUUCUGAUUAACACACACGAAAGCCUACCCGACGAAAGCGAAGCCGAGACUUCAGAUAGCGCGCACAACGUGGAACCGCAGGACAUGUUCAACCCUCUGCAACGGUAUCUACUACAUCAUUGGGUAAUCCAUGUCAGAACCUAUGACGAACAAAUGGUGAAAGAGGGACAAGAGGCAGACCUUAAUUUGAAAUGUCUCUUGAAAACGUUCCUUGGUUCUCCCGGAGAGAGCAGUACUCAAUAUCGUCACUGGUACCGCCAAAUCUGCCAGGCGGACCGGCAGCGGCCCUCGUCAUCCAUAAUGACAUAUAUGGUCAUUGAAGAUAUAUUCCCAGCCGAUGUCACUCUUUUCGCAAUGUGCCGCUUCUCAUUUUAUGCGGUACUUCGAGACUGGUGGGACGACGCAGAAAUGGCAGUUUCGCAAGUGAACAGUCAAGGUCACAACCUGCUAACACUUGCUGUUCUGGGAAGAUGCAAACCAAUAUGUGAGGUCCUUUUAAAACAAGGAAUACAAAUUAACCUCCUACUAUCCAGUGGGAGGUUUGGUAGUGCUCUUGCUGCUGCUGCCCACGGAGGAGAAAUAGAGACUGUUAAGUUUCUAGUGGAUAAGGGGGCUGAAGUAAACCUCCUACUAUCCAGUGGAUCCUACGGUAGUGCUCUUGCUGCUGCUGCCUCCUGGAGAGGAAACAUAGAGACUAUUAAGUUUCUAGUGGAUAAGGGGGCUGAAGUAACCCUCCUACUAUCCAGUGGAUCCUACGGUAGUGCUCUUGCUGCUGCUGCCAAUGGAGGAGAAAUAGAGACUGUUAAGUUUCUAGUGGAUAAGGGGGCUAAAGUAAACCUCCUACUAUCCAGUGGAUCCUACGGUAGUGCUCUUGCUGCUGCUGCCUAUAGAGGAUAUAUAGAGACUGUUCAGUUUCUAGUGGAUAAGGGGGCUGAAGUAAACCUCCUACUAUCCAGUGGAUCCUACGGUAGUGCUCUUGCUGCUGCUGCCUCCUGGAGAGGAAACAUAGAGACUAUUAAGUUUCUAGUGGAUAAGGGGGCUGAAGUAAACCUCCUACUAUCCAGUGGAUCCUACGGUAGUGCUCUUGCUGCUGCUGCCAAUGGAGGAGAAAUAGAGACUGUUAAGUUUCUAGUGGAUAAGGGGGCUAAAGUAAACCUCCUACUAUCCAGUGGAUCCUACGGUAGUGCUCUUGCUGCUGCUGCCUCCUGGAGAGGAAAUAUAGAGACUGUUAAGUUUCUAGUGGAUAAGGGGGCUGAAGUAAACCUCCUACUAUCCAGUGGGAAUUUUGGUAGUGCUCUUGCUGCUGCUGCCUCCCAGAGACGAAAUAUAGAGACUGUUAAGUUUCUAGUGGAUAAGGGGGCUGAAGUAAACCUCCUACUAUCCAGUGGGAAUUUUGGUAGUGCUCUUGCUGCUGCUGCCUCUGAAGGAUAUAAAGAGAUUGUUCAGUUUCUAGUUGACAAGGGGGCUGAAGUAAAUCUCCGACUAUCCUGUGGGGGGGUUGGUAGUGCUCUUGGUGCUGCUGCCUAUAGAGGAGAAAUAGAGACUGUUCAGUUUCUAGUGGAUAAAGGAGCUGAAGUAAACCUCCUACUAUCCAGUGGAUCCUGCGGUAGUGCUCUUGCUGCUGCUGCCUCUGGAGGAUAUAUAGAGACUGUGAAGUUUCUAGUUGAUAAGGGGGCUGAAGUUAAUCUUCGUUUAUUAACUGGAUUCUACUCUAGUGCUCUUAAGGCUGCCAAUUCGAGCGGAAACUCAGCCGUUGUUGAGUUCCUGACCAAGAUAGGGACUCGAGAGUCACAGGGUAGGGUAGAGGAAUCGCAGGCCCAUGUGCUGAGGUUGAGUGAGUGUAAAUAACUAUCUACGGCGGAGGAGGGUAGAAGUUAAAGGUUUUCAGGCUUUCUAUCUAGUAUAUCAAUGUUAGAUGUGUG